AUGUCUGCCUACGUGAAAAAGAUUCAGUUCAAGUUGCACGAGAGCUACGGCAAUCCUUUAAGAGUUGUUACCAAACCACCGUAUGAAAUCACCGAAACAGGCUGGGGUGAAUUUGAAAUAAUCAUUAAAAUAUUUUUCAUUGACCCAAAUGAAAGACCUGUAACCUUGUAUCACUUGCUGAAGCUUUUUCAGUCUGAUACCAAUGCCAUCCUGGGAAAGAAGACUGUAGUUUCUGAAUUCUAUGAUGAAAUGAUAUUUCAAGAUCCUACUGCAAUGAUGCAGCAGCUGUUAACAACAUCUCGUCAACUAACACUGGGUGCCUAUAAGCACGAAACAGAGUUUGCAGAUCUUGAAGUGAAAACCAGGGAAAAGCUGGAAGCUGCCAAAAAGAAAACUAGUUUUGAAAUCGCGGAGCUUAAAGAAAGAUUAAAAGCAAGUCGUGAAACCAUCAACUGUUUAAAGAACGAAAUCAGGAAACUUGAAGAAGAUGAUCAGUCUAAAGAUAUGUGAUGAGUGUCAACUUGAUAAAGAGCCCAUACUGAAAAUGGAAGGACUUCAGUCUUGCAAUUGUACAUCUUGUCUUCAAUCCUGUAACUGAGACUAUGAAUUUCACUUGCAAAUGACUGAAGUAUGUGGCAA